CCGCAGAUAACCGGCAGCGCCAUGCUGGUUUUUGCCUCCAGGCGGGACGACGUUGUGGCCCGCCUUAAGGAUGAUCCCCUGGUCAAGGAGCGGGUUUGGGAUCUCGAGAAUGCGCAGAUCUAUCCUUUCUUCCGACCUAGGCGAAGUGCUAUUUGA